AAUUGCUGCCACCAACCUCAUUAAAGGUGGAAAGGGUGGAGGACACUGGUGUGUUGAUUUCUUGGCACCCACCUGAGGACGCAGCCGCCAGGCAACUCAUUGACGGCUACGCCGUGACGUACGUAUCCCUCGACGGCUCUUACCGCAGGACAGAUUUUGUGGACCGAAGUCGUUCUGCCCACCAAUUGCGGGCAUUAGCCUCCGGCAGAGCCUACAAUAUUUCUGUCUUUUCAGUCAAACGCAACGUGAACAACAAGAAUGAUAUCAGCAGGCCCGUUAUGCUCACCACCCGCACUAGACCGCGUCCGGUGGAAGGCUUUGAGAUCACGAACGUGACGGCCAGCACCAUCAUGGUGCAAUGGGCUCUCCACCGGCUCAAGCACUCCACUGUCAGUAGGGUGCGUGUCUCCAUCCGCCAGCUGGGGGACCUGGCAGACCGCACCGUGGAGCUGAACAGCAGCGUGGCCAAGUACACUUUUUUUUCCUUCCUGUGAGUGGGGGACCUGCAGCCAGGAGAGAGGUACAUCGUCCACGUCACAACGCUGAGUGGCCUGGGGACAGAAGAUCACCCCUCAGAGAGUCUGGCCACGGCCCCCUUUCACGUGUGGACGAGGCCUCUCCCCCCGCGAAACCUCACUGCCUCCCGCGUCACUGCCACCUCCGUGUCCAUGGCGUGGGAGCAGCCGCCCGCUGGCACCGUGGAGGGGUACAUCAUCAAUGUCACCACAGCUCAGAGUGUGAAGAGCCGCUACGUGCCCAACGGGAAGCUCGUGUCCUACACGGUGCGGGACUUGCUCCCCGGGCAACGGUACCGCCUGUCUGUGACAGCUGUGCAGAACACAGAGCAAGGCCAAGUGCACAGCGAGCCCAUCCACCUCUAUGUCACCACCUUGCAGAGGGAUGGGGCUCCAGAGAGACGGUGGAGCCAAGCUGGACACCCCCGGGUCCUGCGCAACAGGCUGCCCCCCGCUUUCCUGCCUGAACUCCGCUUGCUAGCGGAUCACGACACAGCUGAGGAGCCCUCGCCAGCCCCCAGGUUCACUGAGCUGGUAGAUGGCAGAGGGAGGAUCAGCGCCAGGUUCGGCACUGCGCUGGGCAAAUCCAUCACUGUGAAGACACAGCCGGAGGCUCCAGUGAAGCUGGAGAACGUGGAGGUGUCCAGCCAGGGCAGUCUGGCACUGCAGCUGCGCGAGGCAAAGAGCAAGAGUGAGGGGCAGAACUGCUCCACGAACCCCUGCAGGAACGGAGGCACCUGUGCCAGGGAUGCCAAUUCCUACCACUGCGACUGCCGCCCGGGAUUCAAGGGCCGGCUCUGCCGGCUGGCCUGCAAGAAGGUGCCGCCCCCCCUGCCACUACCUGUACAGGAGAGUCUACAAGGUACACCAGGCCAUCUGCUACAGGGAGAGCUGCGAGAGCACCGGUUCCGAGAAGACAACCAGCAGAAAACCAAGCAACAGUCACACACUGAAGAAGCC